AUGAAGUUAAUAUAUCUUCCUCUCUUCCUCGCCGCGGCUUCGGCCAGCCCAGUGGAGAGCGACACCAACAUCAACACAGAUGCUUCCGAGGGCCUGAACCUGGCAGCCCUCCUGCAAGAAGACGGGGAGGGCCUCCUUGGGGCUCUUGACGGUCUCGGUGUCAAAUUCAAUGACAAGCGUGACGAGGUUAUUGAUUUGGACGUCGGCAAACUUCUCGGCGGCUUGCUGCAAGGCUCGAGAAAUACCCAUCAAGGCAGCGAAAAGCGUGACGAGUCAGCCGACCUGCAGCUCAGCGCCAGCCUCGGAGAUUUGCUGUCCACAGAUGUGGUCGGCGGCGGCUUGCUCCGAGGCCUUCUGGACAACCAGGGCGAGAAAAUCGAAAAGCGCGAUGAGUCGGUUGACCUGGAGGUUGAAAGCACGCUCGGAGAUCUGAUGUCUAAUGACGGGACUAUUGGCGAAUUGUUGGAUGGCCUCCUCGGGCGCAAGGCGAAGCGUGACGAGUCGGGCAAUCUAGACCUCGGCACCACUCUUGUCGAUUUGCUGUCUACGGAAGGCCUUCUUGGCAGCCUCCUUGGUGGCUUCGGCGGCAAUUCCAACGAGAAGCGCGACGAGUCGGCCGAUCUAGACCUUAACGCCAACCUCGGAAACCUAUUAACUGAUAGGGUCCUAGGAAACUUGCUGGGGAGCCUUCUCGCCGGUAAUUCUAAUGACCAAUCCAACGAGAAGCGCGACGAGUCGGUCGACCUAGACCUUAACGCCAACCUCGGAAAUCUCUUGGGUGAGGGGGUCCUAGGAAACUUGCUCGGGAGCCUUCUCGCCGGUAAUUCUAAUGACCAAUCCAACGAGAAGCGCGAUGAGUCGGUCGACCUAGACCUUAACGCCAACCUCGGAAAUCUCUUGGGUGAGGGGGUCCUAGGAAACUUGCUCGGGAGCCUUCUCGCCGGUAAUUCUAAUGACCAAUCUAACGAGAAGCGCGAUGAGUCGGUCGACCUAGACCUUAACGCCAACCUCGGAAAUCUCUUGGGUGAGGGGGUCCUAGGAAACUUGCUCGGGAGCCUUCUCGCCGGUAAUUCUAAUGACCAAUCCAACGAGAAGCGCGACGAGUCGGCCGAUCUGGACCUUGAAGCUAACCUCGGAAACCUCUUGACUGAGGGGCUUCUUGGCAGCCUGCUGGGAGGCCUCGGCAGCAAUUCCAAUGACUAUUCCAACGAGAAGCGCGACGAGUCGGCCCACCUAGACCUCACGGCCAACCUCGGAAAUCUCUUGACUGAAGGGGUCCUGGGAGACUUGCUGGGGGGGCUCCUCAACCACGAGGGAAAUGAAGACUUGGAAACUCUGGCGGGCCAGUUGGACGAGCAAGAUACGGAAGGCAAGGUCGACGAUGUGGAGAAGGCGGCUUCUGAGUCUUCGGAGCAGGCGCAGGAGUCUAAGCAACAGCUAGAGCAGGCGCAGGACAAGGAGGAGCCACCGACGAAUGCAAACGCAGAGCAGUAG